CAUACGAUCAAUUUGAUGAAUUAGUGCGUUCUGUUGUGACUGUGUAUUUAUGUACGUGGUAGAUAAACAAUAUACCUAACAAAGUACAUGGUAGACUAUUUGAUUUAAAUAGCCCUGCUACAAUCAGUUUAUUCCACAGUAUUAGAUUUGUGAUAAGACACUCGACCAAUUCAGCUAAACAAUUAAAUUUUUUUUUAGAAAAUUGUUGUGGAAUUCAUACGGAAUAAAAGAUGUCACCGGCACCGUUAGUUAUGCGAAUUAUGGCCAGUUCCAUUGCCAUUGGAAAUCAAGCUGGUAAAAUAAUUCGGGAUAUCAUGAGCGCUGGUGAGCUGGGUAUUGUAGAUAAGGGAAGUGAUGAUUUACAAACAGAAGCCGAUCGAUCAGCUCAACGAUGCAUUCUUGCUUCACUAUCCAACCAAUUUCCAAAUGUUCGAAUAAUCGGCGAAGAAGGUACCAGCGAUUUGGUGAAUGUGCCCAGUGAUUGGAUUGUUACCGAUUUGGAUCAGGAAUUUUUGAAAAAUAAAUGCCCCGACUCUCUUACAAAUAUCAACGAACAAGACUUAGUGAUUUGGGUUGAUCCACUUGAUGGAACGUCCGAAUACACGCAAGGUAUUCUCGAAUCAGUAACCGUUUUGAUUGGUUUGUCAGUGCAAAAUAAAGCUGUCGGUGGCAUAAUCCAUCAACCAUACUACAAACGAAGCAGUGAUGAAUUUGGACGCACGAUAUGGGGAUUGAAGGGCUUGGGCAGCAGUGGAUAUGAAACGAAACCUCAUGUUCAAGGCGAAUUAAUAGCAACAACUACACGGUCACACUCGAAUGAAUUGGUACAAAGCGCUCUGCGAGCAAUUGAGCCGACCAAGGUGAUUCGGGUCGGUGGUGCUGGAUACAAAGUAUUACAGUUACUUGAGGGAGAUGCCCAUGCGUAUGUCUUUGCUAGUGGUGGUUGCAAGAAAUGGGACACCUGUGCACCUGAAGCAGUUCUUGAAGCCGAUGGCGGCAUGUUAACCGAUAUUUUGGGUAACCAUUAUCAGUACGGCAACGAUGUUGCAUUCCCAAACAAAAUGGGCGUCAUCGCAACUGCUAAAAACGUUGAGCACAUGUCGAUAAUUAACAAGAUCCCAGAUGAUGUUAAGGAAAAACUCAGCAAAUAAUCAUAUCAACGUGAUCAAUAAUUUUCGCCAUACGAACUUGUUGUAUUUUUAUGAAUUGUUACAUGAACCAUUUGUGUCUGAGAAUGAAAAUAGGAAUACAGACGUUUUUGAGCUGAAGUACAACAUGAAAUUUGUUUCUUAAAAACGUAAUAUGAAUCGUCGCUUCAACAGAAUCGUAUCAUGAAAAUGUGAAUUUUGAAUGCAGUUUUCAUGGAAAUGAUAAGAAACAAUGAAGUAAUCUUUGAUUUGAUCUAUAACUUUGUUUAAGAUAGUAUUUCGUUACAUCUUAUCAUUUUCGCAAAAAACACAAAAAAUCACAUUUAAAAUUUACAUUUUUCAUGUUAUUAUUUUAUUGAAGCGACGAUUCAUAUUACGUUUUUAAGGAACAAAUUUCAUGUUGUGCUUCAGUUCAAACACUUCUUAAUUCCCAUUUUUAUUAUCAACAACACAUUUGUUCUGAACGAAUAAAAAAAAUACUGCAACAUUCGUCUUGGCUAAAUAAUUUAUUUUCCGAUUGAGAUUUUUUUUUAUUUUGACAUGUGCAUUUGAAACUUAAAUUAUUGAAAAAAGAGAAGUAAAUUAUCCAUUUGUCACACGUUAAUGUUAUUGUAUCCAUUUUACUAGAAAAAGUAUUGGUUAGAAAUAAAAAGAAGAAGAUUUAUUUCGUCUAUCAA